GAAAAUUGCUCGCUAAAUGUGUCCUGCGGGGAAUUUGUCAAAUAAUUAGUAAAUGUAUGCUGCUUUUGUAGAUAAUGAACCAUCUGUCAUACAUUCAUUUUCUAUACCGCUUGUCCUCAUCAGGGUCACAGUAGUGAGUAACUUAUAGGCAGGGUACACCUUGGACUGGUUGCCAGCCAAUCACAGGGCACAUAGAUACACACAACAUUCACACCCAUGGACAAUUUAGAGUCUCCAGUUAACCGAACAUGCAUAUUUUUGGGAUGUGGGUGGAAGCAAGUAGCUGGAGAAAAUGCACACUCCACACAAGGAUGUUCCAUCAAUGUUCCAUCAAUGUUCCUGUAUGUGAGGCGGAUACGUUAACCACCAUGCUGCCCACAUCCCUUAUAACAUACUGGUAUAAGCCUAUUAAUGAUAUUUAAGCCUAAUAGUCUUAAUUUGGAUCUGCAGCAAAUUGUACACGUUCACAGGUAUGCAAAGGCUUCAUUUUUUGUCACGGAGACUGAUCCAAAAUUUCUCCAAAAAUAUGAGGAAAUACUGGGAAGAAAAUGCAAUAUUAACUCAUAUGCUCUUAUGUUUUUGCUCAUAUGUUAACACCAAAAACAUGACAAAAUAGAAAAACAUAGGCGCUGUACACCAGUGGUUCUCAAGUGGUUCGGCUGCAGGCUCCACCAUCACCCCUCAAUGACAAAUGGUGUAUAUCUUAUAUUUUAAGGGACAGUUUUCAACACAAUAUGUUUUGGCGUGCUCUUCUCCAGCAGAUAUCUGUAACUGUGUGUCGGACAGACGGCGCAUUAAGUUUCCACUUAAUGUCCUUCCUUUCCCACUCAAGCUUGACAGUCGCCCAGAAACAUGGCAAAGACCCGUGACCCACUUUUGGGUCCCGACCUAUGAGUUUGGAACCACUGCUGUACACAAAAUGGUGGAAUCUACUAAAAAAAUGGUGGAAUCAUUUGUGGAAAUUAACUUGAACAAGAAAUUGAUAAUAAAUAGAUGAAAAUUGUAUCGGCGGAUGUUUUAAGUGUCAAAACAGACAAAAGAUGUCCAGCCUUAUUGGAAAAAGCAGUGGAUAGAUCAUAGAAAAGGUGGAACAGACUACUUAAUUGAAUGGAUUUAAUAAAGGUAAUAGUUUUCCUGGCAGUAAUGAUCAUUAAGGCUUGUUAUGACUAUUUUUUUCACCACGUCAGUGAUGAGAACAGAAAUUCAAAACAAUAUUUUACUCAUGCUUUUCAUAGUAAUAAUAUAUGACAAACUAUUAUUGUGAACAUCAGGUGGGUUUAUGUAAUUAAAACCAUGUAAUGUUUUGUUUUGAACUUGUAAGCUGCAUCGAAACAACUGAAAAGUGUACCUUUGUGUUUGCGUGUGCGUGUGUGCUGUGGGGGAUGAUCAUUGAUUCCUUCCACCUGUGUGUUGCAAUUUAGAGCCAUUUAAACAGGUGGCGAAGCCCGAAGGAAACAGUCAGCCCCUUCUUCACUUCAGAGUUGGUGGGGUGUGCUGGUCUUGUAGUGCCAAUCGCUGCAAGUGAUUGGAGUCCUGUGACUGUUGUCUUUUUUUUUUGGUUCUGUGUGGUUGUACUCCCACUGACUGCAAUAUGAGGAGUCUUGGGAACAUGUGAGUAUGUUGGUUUCAUAUUGAAGUUUCAUCAUGGUUUUCUGUCUAACUUGCCUAUGUUUCAGUUUGCUAUGGAGCCUGCUUGCUGUGGUUUGUAAUGGAGCAAGGCCUAAUAUAAAAGGCAGAACAGACUCACGUAAGCUAUUUUUGAGGGGUGUUUUGGGGUUUUUGCGGUUCACACUUGUGCUUGAUGUCCUUUUUACAGGCAGGGGAUUAAUGUCUGAGUGUUUGGGUAACUUGAUGAGGCUAACACUGGAUGAGGCCCUUGCGGUGGGGAACCAGCUUGAAGUGGAGGCCAUCAAUGGCACCCAACACAUUGUGCUAACACCCACCUUGGCUGCUCAGUGUGGCUACAGCAUGGAGUCUGACCCAUGGGGUAACACCAGAAUCUACACCUCACUGAUGGGCUGCUAUGUGGAUAACAAAGAUGACGCAACCUUUAAUGUGGGCCUCAGGCUUCAAAUGUACAGCCAGAAUCUGCCAGAUGUGGUCUCCCAUGAUGUGAUGCAGACAUGCCGCUACACCCGCUGGGCCUCCAGAGAGAUUCUUUGUGACAGAAACUACAUGGAAGUGUCUCACUACAUGGCAGCUCCUGUUCAAGCGACCAAGGGUGAUGAGUACUCCAAGAAUGCUGUCCCCACUGCUCCUGGUGUAGAGAAUGGUAUCUGGAAGGUGACGUUCUACACCCCAGAGCCAGUGGUCAUGAUGACUGGUGAGGCCCAGCAAGCAGGAUACAGCACCAUGGCCAGCACCAACCGCCUGGUUGUGCGAAGUCCAUACAAUACAGCAGAAACCUACUCUGAGGAUGUGGCUGGAGUCCCAAUGGAAGUUCUCAAGGUUAGCGCCUACCACAAGACGCCGCAAGGUUUAACUGUACAGAACAUGGCGGCUGCUUGUCCUACAGGUGGCGUCCUCUUCACAGACGACAUGAUCUCUUGGCACAUUCCUCGCCGUGUGACGCCCCUUCUGGAUGGCAGCUUUAAGAUCCUUGAAAUGCACAUGGGAAUCAAUGGACAGCGGCUGGAUCGACCUCAGAUGGCCGCACGGGGGUACACUCUGUCCACUACAGACUUCCACAUUGUCGUAGAGAUCCCUGUGGGUUGUCCUAAUGGCUACAACAAGAGCCAUGCCCCAGAUUACCAGUACCACAUUACCUACACUGUGGAGCCCAUGCUUGAAGUCCUGUGGCGGGCAGACAAGACCCAAGAAGAUACCAGAUACAAGAUUUUGUUCCCCAUCACCACACCUCUGAUGCCCAGGCCUCCCCAAGCUGUUGACUAUACCAAAGCCGAAGAGAGGGUGUUCAGUGUCCACGUGGGGACCUUCCUUGACGAUGUGGUGCUAAGGAACAUCACCUUCUCUAAAGACACCUUGAGUGUUGAAGAGUGUGAAGCGAGAGGCUUUGUUGUACAGGAGAAUCGCCAUCCUGGUGGCCUAAAGAGCUUCUCUCUGCAAGUCCCCUUUGAUGUCCCUGAAGUUCUUAUACAUAACCCAGAGCCGCUGGUUACAACCUACACCCUCUCUGUGGUCUUUGGCUUUAUGGUCCAACCUGAACAAACUCCAUUUGCUCACCCAGUGGAGUUGCAGGCCUCUCUGCAGGAUGUUGUGCUCCCUACACUCUCAGGCUCUUGUGAUGAGAACCUGUUCUAUGUCCAAGUCAAAUACGGAAAUCAGGGCAAGAACUUCCGGACUUUGGUCGGCUAUCAGGCGCUCACACCAGAGCUGGCCCAAGCCUUCAAGUUGCAAGAGAAUGAGACUCACCUCACCCUUGUGGUGCCCUUCGCUGCCAAACAGACGGUGUAUGAGUUCAUAACAUCCGAUUCAGUCCGGGCCAGAGUUGACGUGAUGCUUUGGGAGCCAAACAACAACUGGCUGCUUGGUGAUAUGUACCUGUGCUGCAACUUCCCCUUGAAGACAACUGAGUGCCACCCCAAUGGAACCAUGACUGCGCUGGCUGUCAAGGUGGAGUCUGUGCCCAACCUCAUCCCCAACUGGCUGACACUAAAGGACAAGGCUUGCAAGCCGACCUUCAGCAACGACCGCUUUGCUUAUUUCUAUUUCAGCGUGGACUCCUGUGGCACCACUAGAAUGUUCUUUGACAACUACAUGCUGUACCAAAAUGAGAUUGGCCUCUAUUACAACACCAAAGGUGCCUCCUACACGGCACCUGUUGAUCCUGACUAUAGGCAAACUAUCUCCUGCUACUACACCAUCAAUGAGACUCAAACUGUUGGCUUUGGCCAUAAAUCCCGCAGCACUUACCCUGCUGCUGAGAUUGGACUGGGGCAACUUUCUGUGCAAAUGAGGCUAGCUCAGGAUUUGUCCUAUGACCUCUUCUACCAAGCUGGAGACUACCCAGUCGUGAAGUACUUGAGGGAGCCUCUCUACUUUGAGGUGGAGCUGAUGAAUACUCGUGAUCCUAACCUGGCACUCAUCUUGGAGAACUGCUGGGCCACCGCUCAUCCAGACAGGGCCUCUCUGCCCAGUUGGGACAUCAUUGUGGACACCUGUGGGAACCAUGAUGACAGCUACAUGGCCCUCUUCCACCCAGUCAUGGUUGAUACCAGAGUCAACAUCCCAUCCCACUUUAAACGCUUCUCAGUCCAGAUGUUCACCUUUACCAGAGACAAUGAGGUUCUUCAAGAUGAGAUCUACGUCCACUGUGAUGUCGUGGUAUGUGACAUAAACAGCCAAGCAGAAGAUGCCUGCAGAGGUCAGUGUAAACAUCCCAGCCCCCGUAACUCUGCAUUUCAAGGGCUCAAAGGACUGAGAAGGGCACAAAGAAGCACAGACUCUCACCGGCAAAGACAAAUCUCAUCUGGACCAAUUCUGUUUAACCACCGGUCAAAACUCUGAAUUAAAGUCUUUAAAAACAUGC